UAUAGUCUUCAGAGGAAUCAAACAUGAAGGUACUCGUUGUAUUUGCUCUGGCUUUGGCCUACGCCUCGGCAUCCGCUCUGCGAGCUCCAGAGGAGGUUGAGCUGCGUAAUGUGUAUAUGCCAGUUUUGGAUGGCCCCGAUGGUCGUAUUACCAACGGUCACGAUGCCAAGGAAGGUCAGUUCCCCUAUCAGGUUGGACUAUCCCUGCAUAUUGGAAAGGGUUCUGCCUGGUGUGGUGGAUCUCUGCUCAAUAACGAAUGGGUUUUGACUGCCGCUCACUGCACAGAUGGUGUCGACGCUGUCACCGUUCAAUUGGGAGGAACUGUUCGUGCACGCCCACACGUUAAGCACACCGUCAACAAGGAUAAAAUCAUCAUCCAUCAUGGCUGGAACAGCAGGACUUUGUUGAAUGACAUCUCGCUCGUCCGCAUUCCACGUGUGGAAUACACCCACGACAUUCGCCCUGUUGAGCUGCCCAAGAUUGAAUCCCACUACUCCACCUUCUCUGGUGAUGAGGCUAUUGCUUCCGGCUGGGGCCGCACCUCGGACUCCUCCAACGCUGUUGCUUCCCAUCUGCAGUACGCUCACCUUAAGAUCAUCUCAAACGCCGACUGCCAGCGCACUUUUGGCCUUACCAUCCGUUCAUCCAAUGUCUGUGUGUCCACCUCAGAUUCUGUCUCCACAUGCAACGGCGACUCUGGUGGCCCAUUGGUCCUUGAGUCCAACAAGGUGCAAAUCGGUCUGACCUCCUUCGGUUCCGCUGCCGGUUGCGAGAAGAAGUCCCCAGCUGCCUUCACCCGUGUCACCAGCUACCUGGACUGGAUCAAGGAGCACACUGGCGUCCACCACUAAACUAAUGCGCAAUAUUAAUGCGCGUGGAAUUUCAUUAAAUAAAAUCAUCUAAAAAUGA